UCAACGCUUUAUGGCCGCAUACACGUAUUAUAGCUCUAAGAGCACGAAUAGCAUAUAUUUGUCGAACGAUCGACGCGCGACUACGAUAAAACGUAAGCACAGUAUCGAGAUUUAAGAUUCUCCGGUCGCUGACUCAGUUUGACUCGAAUGCUCGCACGAAGCGGUUCGUGCGCAUUUUUCCUUCCACGGUACAGUGAUAUUGUUAUAUCUGUACGAAAUUCCUUGAAAGCAUACGUGUAUCAAACGGAACCUGAAUAUUCCGUUGACUCCUGCGAUCGAUAUUACACGGAAUCUCUUUGAUAUCGAACUUUUUAAGUAUUUUCAACGGCGAAUGGGAAAGCUUCGUUAGUACCAUUACGGCAUGUGUGCGCGUGCGUGUUUUUCAUUGCCUCCCCAGAUUCUUUCCGCAACAACAACCACGUGAAUUGCGUUUCGAAGUAGACGAGUGAGAAGAAGAAAACGUACGUAUUAUCAAUGGUCUUGUAACGAGAUUCAAAGGACGCGGUACACUGCGAUUCCAUAACGUCACGUGGUGCCGAGCCUUAUUGACCGAUGCGUAUCGGAACUUGGAUUGGUUAAGCCAGAUCACGUGACCUGUUCUAACGUCAAUUUGGGCUACCGUCUGCUGGUACUCGGAUGAAAUUCUUACCAAACCAUUUCCGAGAACAAAGGAUUUGCGUUUCGAUCUAGUCACGCGAGUGAAUUCCGUUAGAUGAGUUUAUUUUCUUUGCAUUUUUCAACGUAUGUUUAUUUUAUCGUGAAUUUCGAUGCGCAACUUGCGCGAUAAGCUUGUCAUAGAUCUGCGCUCGAGCUAUUUGCCCGGCUUCGAAUUUUUGACAGUUCUUCACCGUCUCCUAACAGUGACGGUUGUGUUACGGCGUUGUUAAAAAUUGUUGAGCUCAAUUAAAAAACAAUUCGAGUGUAGCAUUCGAUACAUUUAAACGAGAAAUAACGAAUUUUGUGAAUUUUUCGAAUAUCACUGAAAAAUGUCUCAAUGUGGUUAAGUCAACUUUCAAACUGAUGUAUCUGAACUCGAUGUCUUUCUACUCGAAAGACCUUUAAGCAAAUACGACCUUCAGUGUCGCGGCAACUUUGAAGUACCUUAUCACACACCCAUCGCUACAACGCGGUGAAACACCUUAACGGAAAUACAUUUUGAGAGUGGUUUAACGAUACGUUAGUGUACAAUGUACAGUAUGAACUACAUUGGGAAGUUCAUAAGUAACUUUCGAGUUUUCUACAAUGAAAUUAAUGCAGCGACGCUUACCGGCGCUAUCGAUGUCAUUGUUGUCGAACAGCCGGAUGGAUCGUUCAAUUGCUCACCUUUUCAUGUGCGCUUUGGAAAACUCGGUGUACUUCGUUCCAGAGAAAAAGUAGUUGAUAUAGAGAUAAAUGGAGAACCUAGACAAAUCCAUAUGAAAUUAGGAGAUUCUGGAGAAGCUUUCUUUGUUGAAGAAGUUAGUUCCGAUGGUUCCCCUACUGACACUGAAAUUCCACCACAUUUAGCUUGUUCUCCUAUCCCCGAAGAUAAUUGUUUCCCAUCGUCUAGAUUUAAUAUCCUGUCUGAUCUUCCUCCGGAACAAAGGGACAAGAUUCUCAUAGAAUCUAUUUUAUCCAUUGAAAGAGAGAAAUGGGAACAAAUGUCAGCUCUGCCUCCAGAUGAAAGAGAAAAAUUCUUAAUUGAACAAUUCUCUGAUCUUCCACCGGAGCAUCGUGCAAAAUGGCUUCAAAUUGCUUCUUUAACAACAGAGGAGAGAGAAGAAAUGUUCAAAGAAAAUCUUGGCGAUAUCUCCACGGUUCAAAGACAACAAUUAAUCUGCGAACAAUUCUCUGCUUUAAAAAUCGAAGAUAGAGAAAGAUUGUUUAAAGAAAACUUCCCUGAACUUUCUGUAGAUCAAAGACAAAAAUUUGAGAAAGCUUUAUUAAAUGAUUGGAAGGAAAAAGAGAGAGUAAAAGGAAGAGGUUCCUUGAAAGGCGAGGAAGACAUUUUUGACAUGGAUGGUAUUAAUGACGAUGAAACAUGCCCAACUGCAUCGACUCCUAAAUCUUUCAUAGCUGUGACUUCAUCUGAAAGAAUUCGUAAAAUCAGCGUAGUGAAGAAUGAUUUUAGACCAAUUACGGAGGAUGUACAAAGCAGUGGCCGCGAAAAAUCAAGUGACGAAUCAAACCCGUCGACGAGUAAAAAGAAUUCAAAGGAUGAAAGCAUCGAAGAGAAUAAAAGCAACAGUAAUUCAACUAAGAGGAAGCGAAAGAGGAAAAGUAUUAUGAAAAAAAAGGGAUCUCAAAGAAAGACUAGUAAUGGUAGUAGUAGUCAAACAGAGAUAAGCGAAAAUGAUACGUCCCUUCCAGAUGAAUCUCACGACGGAUCUAUAUUGAAAGAUUCAAAUCCAGUUACUGAAUUAGAGAAGAAAAAUGAAUCUUUAGUUUCGACUCAAGAAACAGUGGAGAAACGUCCUGAAGCAGAUUUUCAUUUCUUCAGUGAUACUGAAGUUACAAAGAAUCAGGAUUCUAGACCAUGUUCACCUGUUCAAUCUGACACAGAAUUUGAAAUGCGUAAAUUAACGCAAGAGGACGCUGAACGAGAAGAAGAUAAAAGUCAUCAACAGAGUUGGAGAUGGGGUGAACUACCAAGUUUACCUCCGGAACCAGCACACGUACCUCACCGAAGUUCACUAAAUUCCUCGAAUACUGUUAAUCAGUCUAACAGUCUAAUAACUAAAAACAUAGAAGCACAUCGAUCUAUGCUCAGUGCUAUGCUAUCGUUUAUGAGAAAAACUUCUCGCAUGAGGCGUAAUCCGGAGUCUGAAGGAAUUUAUCUCAGUGAUCUUAAUGCUGAUGAGCUGGAUCCGGAAGUUGCAGCCCUUUAUUUUCCUUCUUCUCACAGGGGCCAAACAGCGAUUAAAGAUGGAAAAGGAGUAGACGAAGAAGAUACCGAGUCGGGAAAUGGACCAAGUUUGCCGCAAAGUCCUAAUAGCGUUGAAGGAGCUAUUGGUGGACCAAAAUCAUUGGAUAGUGAUUUUGAAGAACCAAAACAUUCUAUAUUUGAUAACAACAUGAAUAUUAGUUUAUCUUUAUGUGGUGGUUUAGAUUCGGAAACUGGUCCGUCCAAGGAAGUUUUCCAUCAAAAUUUACUCCAUUUCGAAGAUAUUUGUUCAGAUCCGAAAUUAUAUGAAAAUCCAAAUUUAGUUGUAAAAAUUAAUGGAAAGUUCUAUAAUUGGACUGCCGCUUGUCCAAUUGUAAUGACUUACGCUGUGUUUCAAAGACACUUGCCACAAAAUACAAUAGAAAAUUUAUAUGCACAAUGUAUGUCAUUACCAAUGCAUGAAGAAAAAAAGCAAGAAAACAGUGACAAAUCCGAAAGCCGUAGUGGUUAUAGUUCGUGGUUUUCAUGGCGACGUACUACACAACCGCCAAAAAAGUCUCAAGAACUUAGUCAAACAGAUGGAACUACUCUUCAAUCUUCGGAACAGAUAGUGGAAAUGAAAGAAAGUACACCAACUGACGAAACACCGAAUAAAGAACUAAAAAUUGACCAGAAUGCAGAAUCUGCAGUAACUGUGACGGAUAUAGUAGAACAAUGUACAAAAUUAACAAAAGACAUCACCAAGACUGAAAAAAAUCGAGAAAGAGAAGGUGAAGGUUAUAGCGGUAGUGAAGAUUCAGAUAGUAAUCAAAAUGAAUCACAAGGAGUUAAGAUACCCAAAGAAAGGAGAUCUUAUUAUGAAUCUACUGAAAAAUAUCGAAAAACUUUAAGAUUAUCAUCUGCACAAAUAGCAAGUCUUAAUUUAAAAGAUGGUGCUAAUGAAGUAGUUUUCAGUGUAACUACGGCUUAUCAGGGUACAACACGUUGCAAAUGCCACAUUUAUAAAUGGAAAUGGGACGAUAAAAUUGUUAUAUCCGAUAUAGACGGGACCAUUACAAAAUCUGAUGUAUUGGGUCAUAUCCUGCCAAUCGUUGGCAAAGAUUGGGCACAAUCUGGUGUUGCUCAGUUAUUCACAAAAAUUAAAAAUAAUGGUUAUAAAUUGCUAUAUCUCUCUGCAAGAGCAAUAGGACAAGCCAAAGUUACAAGAGAAUAUUUGAAAAGCAUCAGACAGGGAGAUUUAUCGCUUCCUGAUGGACCGCUGCUUUUAAAUCCAACGAGCUUAAUUUCAGCAUUUCAUCGCGAAGUUAUAGAGAAAAAACCCGAAGAAUUCAAGAUAUCCUGUCUUAGUGAUAUCCAAGCUUUAUUCCCGGAAGGUUCAAAACCUUUCUAUGCUGGUUAUGGAAACAGAAUUAAUGAUGUUUGGGCAUAUCGAGCUGUAGGAAUUCCGACUAUGCGAAUAUUUACUAUAAACCAUAGAGGUGAAUUAAAACACGAAUUAACACAGACAUUCCAAUCUUCAUAUUCAAACAUGAGUUUUAUUGUCGAUCAUCUUUUCCCAGCCUGGCGAGAGGAUGCCGCGGAUGAAUUUAGUAAUUUUGCGUAUUGGCGAGAUCCAAUACCGGAAGUACCAUCACUCGAAGAACUUUACGCUCAAAGACAAAUUACCUAAAUGAAAAUAUUUUAGAAUUUUUACUCUAAAGAAGAAACGUUCGAUAAUGAUCGAUUCUAUUAAUCGUCUUUUAUAUUCCAUGUGUUAUGGAACUAAUUACACGUAGGGUUCUUGAUUCUGAAGUCGACCAAUUUACACUGUGGUCAUAGACUUAUAAAUCAUGUUUUGUUUGCCCAUCGAAACAUCUUAAGUAUCGCUAAAUGUGCGUAGAAAUAAUUUAUUAUUAGUACACAUGGUUUUCUACAAUUAAAUUUAAACACAUUCCAAUCCUCAUGAAGUAAUAGGACUACAUAGUAAGUUACCG